AUGUCGAUGGAAGGUAUUGUUGAUUUUUGUGAACAGAGCUCUUCAACUACGCUGAAACGAUCAAAAAGACAAUUUUCCACUGUUUGGGAUUCUUUUGUUAAGACGGGCUUCGAGAAGGCUGAUACAACUAUUUCGAAAAUUAGAGAAGGUGUUAAGCAUAUCAAGAAUUCAGAAACAAGAAUAAUGAAAUUUGUGGAGUGUCUUAGUAAUCUUGGUCUACCAUGUUCUAAGAAGCUACGUCAAGAUAUGCCUAUUCGAUAUGGCCUUUCUGAAGAUGAAUGGAAAAGGCUCGAGAUUAUAGCUAAGUUUUUGAAGCCAUUUUAUGACAUUACGACCUUGUUUUCUGGAUGUAAAUACCCCACGGCUAAUUUGUAUCUUCCUAACGUACGGAGAAUUGAAAUGUUGUUGGAAGAACAAAAAAACAGUGGAGAUUCAGUGAUGAGUGAGAUGGGCACUUUGAUGUUGGGAAAGUUUAAAAAAUAUUGGGAGUCAUAUAGUGUCAUUUUAUCUAUAGCUAUUAUCCUUAACCCUCGAUAUAAAUUGAAGUUUGUUAAGUUUUGCUUUUCAAAGCUUCAUCCUGAGGAGAUUGCUAAUGAAAAAGUGAAGGCUAUUGAAGAGAACUUACAAUUAUUGUUCAAAGAGUACUUGAUACCUUCGACUACAACCUCGUUAUCGGGGGAUCAUGCUUGUAAUAGUGGUAGCAAUGAAAUGAGGGAUGCAUUUGAUGAGUUUGAAAGUCAGUUUGAGUCAAGUAUCGGUAAAACACAACUAGACUUGUAUUUGGAGGAAGCUAAUCUUGACCGUAAAACAAAUCCGAAUCUGGAUGUACUUGGAUAUUGGAAGGAUAACAGACAAAGGUAUCUAGAACUCUCAUUAAUGGCACGAGAUAUCUUGAGUGUUCCAAUCACCACAGUAGCCUCUGAAUCUGUAUUUAGCAUAGGUGGUCGUGUCAUUGAAAAGUUUUGA